AUGGUAACUCCUAGUUUGUGUCUUGACCACUCAUUUAUAGGAGAUAAAUUGUGUUUCAUCUCUGGCGACACUUUCUUUCCACAGACCCUGAAAAUCACAACACCAUUGAUGCCUAUGAAAGCACCAUGGGAAUUUGACUUUUAUAUCUAUGAUGGUGUCAUCGACCAGACGGCCUUAGACUUCUUAGCAUUCAAGCAGCAUUUCAGAUUAGCUUGGGGAAGUAUUUUUUCUCUCUUGGAACACGUUGAGAAGUUUCUCAAGGACUAUGCAAUACCAGUGGUCAAAAUAAAAGGGAACAGUUUGAUAGCUCUCCUGCCAGAGUUUGAGAUGAAGGACAAACUUACCAGAUAUGACCUUCUCUCGGUGAUAGAAGACCCAAUGCACAUCCAAAUGAUGUUAAAUUGUCCGGGGCAGAGGUACAAGGGCCAAGAUGGAAAGGUAGAAGCCAUCACAAAGAUCCAAGCCACAUGGAAAUGCUACAAAGCAAGAAAAUUAUUCCUCAUUUACCGAAAGCAGAAGUGGGCAUCAGGGGUGAUUGCCAUUGCUUGGCUUUUGCAUUGCCAUAAGUCUCGACUGAGGAAGAUCAUGAAGGAAUCACGUCAAAGACACCUGGAGAAUUUCCGCAUCCGAGCCAAGCAUCUGGCAGCCAACUGGAAUCGCAUCAGGACCUCCAGGAGGACUAUUAUCCAUAUCCCAUCAUUAGGGUAUUCCAAGUCCGUGCGAGAACACAUUGCUGAUUUCGACACUCAGCAGAACAUGCAACUGGGAAGGCUGUGUGACAUCUUCGAUGACAAUGUCAGCGUCAUCUACAUCUGCUCCCAUUAUAUGGGUGACGAGUUACUGCUGUAUUACAGUAAGAUCCUGAGUCUACAGGCAGCUGUCAAAUCGGGGAACCUUGAAGCCAGAAGUGACCUGCAGGACAGGUUCAAAAUUAUCACCCCUGAAGCUGUAAACAUCUUCACUAUGAUAGAGCAGCUGGGUCAGCUGAUCACCGACCAUCUGGAAAUCCAGCGCUGGCUCUUUAAAAUCAAUGAUGAGUUUGGAGGAAAUGGAACCGCAUUUUGUGACAUCCCCUCCCACCUAAAGUGCUACAAGUGGGUCCUAAAGGAGUAUAGCAAAUAUAGCCAAGAAGACUGGAGCAAGAAAUGGGCACAGGAGCCAGCUUUGGUGAAGAUCUCUGAGGAGCUGGCGGGUAUUUUAGCACAGCACGUACAGCCAGUCAAUGAGAAACGGUUCCCGACGUGGGGGAGAUUCCUCCAAACAUUUCUCAGUCAAGGGGGCGUGAUCGAAGCAUUCCCACCUGCAGAAAGUGUCACCAACCUCACAGUGGACAUGCUGAUAGAGCCCAACGGAGUCAUCAGGAUGCUAUCAACGGGGGACCAGUUCCAUGCAGAGAGCCCCUUGAUCUCCUCUGGUACCACCUUGCCUCAGACCUCAGUAGAUCCCCAAGUUCUCCAUUCUCUGUGCCUCCAAAUUGGAAAUGCCUGCAAAAUGAGAGAUGUGGUUGGUUACUUCUCUAUAGACCUGGUGACUUUUAUUGAUCCAAGCACCAUGGAGCAGCAGGUGUGGGCAACAGACCUUGACUUCUCAUAUAGUGACCAGCUAGCCUUGACUCAGCUCACCUUAUACCUGACAAACGGCCAUCUGGAUUGCAAUUUGAGCACCUUCAAAGUCCCUCACUUUGUUUCAAAGAAAGAGAAAAUGAGCCAUCUUGAAGCCAUGACAGUGCCGUUGUCAGCAACCUGUCGCUAUGCGGUAAUGACCACCCAGCUGAAACAUAACAACCUUUCUCUGGUUUUCCACUAUGUUUUUCUCCAGAUGUGCAAGGCCCAUGGCAUCGGCUAUGACAUCAAGGACAGACAAGGAACAGUUUUUAUAUUAUUCGAACAGCUAAAGAGAAGCAAGUUGGGAAUGUUAACAAUCGGCGAAGAUCUCCAGGGGGUCCUCAUGACCUUUGCUCGCAAUCUCUUCAUCAUCCAUCAAGAAAUAUCAUCACCUAAUAUGCAAGGCGAGACCAAUUUUAAGACCAUCAUUGAAGAUGUUGAAACCAUUCUGGGAGUAACAGAAGAAAACAAAAUAGGAUUUGAAGAAGAGCAACAGUCUAAAGAUAAUAAAAAUCUCUCUAAGCCUGAAGAUAAAUGA